UAUGCCCUCAUCCCUCUGUCAAGAGAACCCGCUACCACAUCACUGUCACCCUGCAGGGGUGCGGGCAGGCGCCUGGGGAGGAGGGCAAGGAACCUGCCCGACCAGCUCCCCACCUCUGUGGCCCUGAGGAAUCCAGGGGCUGGCAGGAGCCUCCUCAGGGGCUCCGCCCCAUCACGGGGUGCCCAACCAAUCCGCCCAGAGAGCCCCAGCUGACAGCUCUGUCUCUUCUGAGGGGAGAGUCCCAGCGGCAGGAGCUCCAGGCUGGCCUGGAACUCGGGUUCCCACACAGACGAGAACUGGACCUUAGUGUGACAAGGACAUCUCAGGACAGGUUGCUGGGGCCCAACAUGGAGGAGACAGCUGGGCCCCCGGCCCAUGCUGAGGCCCGUGUAGUAAGUGCGACACUGACAUGGCGGCAGCGGCCUCCUGCCCAGGAAGAGACCAGACACCGUUUUCACAAGGUGUCUCUGGUGUCGGGGUCUUCCCAGAUGGACGCUCCACAGGAGGAGAUGUUUGAGCACAGCUUCCGGCGAGAAGAAGUCAAUGGCUUUGUUACAAAGGAAGAGGAGACUGUGAAUUACCAGGGCUCUGGAGAUGAGGCUGAAUCCAUGCGCUUCCAGAGCCAUGGGCCCAUCUUCUCCAAGAAGUACACACUACCUCCCAAGGAGAAAAGGCCAGUGGGGAGGCUGAAGGAGGCUGGGGACUGGAGUGAUGGUGGACUCCAGGCUCCCAGGACUGAGUCACCAAGUAUGGGAGCGAUGACCAGGACUGAGCUCUUGGUACCCCUGCCUGGGCCACGUGAGCCAAGUCCCCACCCUGGUAUGGGUGUCACCAGUGGGAACUCCAGAAACCAUGAGGAAUGGCGAGUGACACGCACUGUGCGGACCACCACCCUGGUGGGAGGGCAUGUGGACCGCAGAGUAAGCAGCUCUGUGACUGUGGGGCCAACGAUGUCAGGAGAGACCUUGCCAAGGGGCCGCAAUGUGAGCCGCACAGUCCGGGCAAUGGUGGUGAAUCCAGGAGCUGAGGGUUCACCCAGCCGCAGCCAAGCCCUGGAACUUCUGAGUAGCCUUGUGCCUGCUGAGUGCAGCCCCCCUGCCAGCCGCCUCCCAAGACCCAUGGGGCCCAUGGCAAGGAGCUCAGGACUGGGUGGCAAGGUGGGAAAAACCCUGGCACAGCCAUUUGAGACUAGCACAGCUGAGCUACAGGACACCUCAGCCCAGACCCCGGCAGGCAUCCCAGCAGUUGCUUACCCACUUCGGAACCAGGGCAUCCCUGCAGCCCACCCACCCCUAGACCAAGAUGGAGCCCUGGAUGCCAGGGCAGGGGACUCUGCACAGGUGCAGGAAACCUCUGGCCCCAGCCAGAGCCAACCAGCAGCACCUUCUUCUAGACCCCAGACACAUGUCCUUUCUCUGGACCUGGUCCACUCCCCAGAGGGGCCUAUGGUGUCCAUUCUUCCUGGACCCCAGCCCACUCCCCAUGUCCUGCCCCUUGUAAAAAUAGAGGAAUUCUCAGAUCCAGCCAUAGUCCCCAUCCUGCCCAUGGUGAGGAGCGAGGUGACAGUGGCUCCAUCCUCUAUAAGGAAGAAGACUGUCCCCAGCCCAGGUCUUUCUGUUCCAAGCCCUCCAAAGAAUAUGUCUGUUCAGGACUCUGAAAAUGUAUCCGUUCCCACUCUUACUCAGAAAGAGACACAUCAGGGCCCUGGUCCUGAAUCGCUAUCUGAUACCCCAAAAGAGGUUGUGCAGAGCACAGGUGCUGCUGCCUCAUUCCACAAGCCAACCAAGGUUGUUCAGGACAUGGAGGAAGUUUCUGCUAUCCAAAUGGAGGUUGUCCAGAGCCCUUGUCCUUCCUGUCUCCGAAAAGACACUGUUCCAGGCCCCACUGCCCCUGCUUCCCUGACCUCCAAACAGGAUGAGAGUGUCCGGGACUCUGAGGAGAGUCCCAUCUCACCCCCUGCCCCAAAAGAGAAUAUUCAAAGCUCUGCUGUGCCCCUUGCUCCAUCUGUCUCAGAAAUCAAGGUGUCUCCCAGUCCACAAGACACUCCUGCACCAGUGCCAAUUCAAGCAGAAGCCAACACGCAGCCCCAGCUUGUCCCUGACUUGACCAAAGGCAAGAUGUCCCUAGAGCCAUCAAGGGAAGAGGAUGAGGCAAGCCUGACAGCUGACCUGGAGAUUUUCCUGGAUACCCUGCGGAGCAUGGAGCCCCCUGAGAUCCUCCAUACUCACCGGUUACCCCGGGCACCCCGCUCCUCCUACUUAGCCAUGUAUGCCACGUUACCUGCCAUUGAGGAGGACCAGCCUGGGCCAUGGGUGCCGGGACCCAGCCCCCAGGAAGUGCCUUCACUGGAAGAGGAGGAGGAAGAGGAGCUGGAGAACCCCUACCUGAGUGACGAUGAAAAGCUGCAGCGCAAGCAGGAGAAAGCAGGGCCCAGUCCCUCCUGGGACCCCAUUCCUGCUAAGCCCACCCAGGUCACUUGCUCCCCUCUGGAGAUGAUGAAGAAACAUGUAGCAGGUACAAAGGGUUUCUACUCAGAGCAAGGGCCCGAAUCGCAGCCCAGCAACCGGCCCACUUCUCGCCUGGGAGGCAGUCUUCUCUUUGGCAGUUUGGUACCCACCACUAAGGAUGUCCCUACUCUGGAGCCACUGGGCACAAAACUGUCUGCUCUGCCACCCCAUGGGCCACCAGGGCUCAGGAAGGUUCUGGGACAGUUGCCCCUGCUCUGCAGUGGAAGACCGCAGCCAGAGAAGCUAGCACGUACCAAGCUGCCGGAGGGGUGGAGCCCAACGCUGAAGACCCAGGGCAAACUGAACACCAGGCCUGGGAAGGUGAUCCUCUUCUCGGAGCCUGGCUGCCAGGGCAGCAGCAGGGAGGUCUGGAGAGACGUUCCUGAUGCUUUGAGCUGGGCCCCCAUCGCCUCCAUAAGGGUGGUGCGAUGCUGUUGGGUACUCUAUGAACAGCCAGAGUUCCAGGGCCGGAAACUGUUCUUGCCUGAGGGAGAUGUGGACUUCAGAGCCCUGACAUCAGCAUGGAGUAACCAAGGCAUCGGCUCCUUAAGGAGGGUUGUGAGGGACUACUGCACCCCAGAAAUUAACCUGUUCUCUGAGGAGGGCCUCAAGGGGGAGCAAAGGAAGCUCACUGAGGCCUUGAAGGACGUCCAGGGCCUGGAGAGACCACUGAAGGUGGCAUCUGCCACAGUUUCUGCAGGACUGUGGCUGCUGUACCCUAAACCAUCUUUUGAAGAUACCCCCUACAUCCUAGAGCUGGGAAAAUAUCCCACCUCAGAAGCCUGGGGUACAUCAGACUCCAGUGUGGGUUCCCUGAAGCCCAUGAGACUGGGCUGCCCAAGUGUGGAGAAGCCAGGAGAACCCAAGGCCCUGGUGUAUGAGGCCCCAGAUUUUCAGGGAAGGAGCUGGGAAGUGAGCAGAGACAUCUACAACCUUCAGCAGCCAGAGGACAGCCAAAGCCCCCAAUUAGCCUCCGUAGGGUCCCUCCGAAUUCUUGGGGGCUGCUGGGUGGGCUACGAGAAGGAGGGUUUCCGGGGCCACCAGUACCUGCUGGAGGAGGGCGAAUACACUGACUGGUCACAGUGGGGAGGCUAUGAUGAGUUACUGACCUCCCUGCGGGUCAUCCGGACGGACUUCGGGGACCCUGCCGUGGUACUGUUUGAGGCCAUGGACUUCGAGGGGCACGGCGUGGAGGUGAGCUCGGCCCUGCCGGACGUGGAGCUGCUGCAGCAUGGACCGAGCACACAGGCCAUCCACGUGCUCAGCGGCGUGUGGGUGGCCUAUGAGCAGGUGGGCUUCUCCGGCGAGCAGUACGUGCUGGAGAAGGGCGUGUACCGCAACUGCGACGACUGGGGCGCGGGCAACAGCUCCCUCGGCUCGCUCCAGCCGGUCCUGCAGGUCGGGGAGCAUGAUCUGCACUUUGUCUCAAAAAUUCAGCUUUUCUCAGGCCCGGAUUUCCUGGGCGACCACAUCUCUUUCGAGGAUGACCAGGCCUCUCUGCCCGCUUCCUUCCUGCCCCAGUCGUGCCGUGUCCAUGGUGGCAGCUGGAUCCUGUUUGAUGAGAAGAACUUCAAGGGGGACCAGCACAUUUUGUCUGAGGGUGAAUUUCCCACUCUCACAGCCAUGGGCUGCCUAGCUUCCACAGUCCUGGGCUCUCUCCGGAAGGUCCCACUGUACUUUUCUGAACCUGCCAUUUUCCUGUAUGGCUUGGAGUGCUUUGAGGGCAAGGAGAUUGAGCUCAGCCGGGAGGUGCGGAGCCUGCAGGCAGAGGGCUUCAAUAACCACGUGCUGUCUGUGCGGAUCAAGGGGGGCGUCUGGGUGCUGUGUGAACACAGUGACUUCCGGGGCCGCCAGUGGCUGGUGGGCAGCUGCGAGAUCACCAACUGGCUGACCUACAGCAGUACCCAGAGGGUAGGCUCUCUCUACCCCAUCAAGCAGCGCCGAGCCUACUUCCGCCUCUGGAAUGCAGCGCUGGGGGGAUUCCUGGCAGUGCCUGACCAUGUGGAGGACAUGAAGGCUGGCCGGGUGGUGGUGUCUGAGCCCCGAGCUGGGGGCAGCUGCAUCUGGUACUAUGAGGAGGGGCUGCUGAAGAACCAGGUGGCCCCCACCAUGAGCCUGCAGGUGAUUGGACCUCCCAGCCUAGGCUCCAAGGUGGUGCUAUGGGCAGAGAGCCGCCUGCCACGCCAAACUUGGAGCAUCAGUGAACUGGGCCACAUCUGCAGCCAGAUGUUUGAAGGCCGGAUCCUGGAUGUGAAGGGUGGCCGAGGCUAUGACCGAGACCAUGUGGUGAUGUGGGAGCCAGCCACAAACAGGCCAUCCCAGAUCUGGACUAUCCACGUACUUUGAACCACCCUCUUCACCCAGCCUUGUGGCAUUUUGCUGGGAUAAAAUGUUUUUUAUAGGUUUUUGUUGUAACAUAAGUUAUUUUAUAAUAUACUGUCAAAGAU